GAUCAACGAAUGCAUCCGAAUGUGGGCAGAGCAAGUGUGGCACAGUCAAGUGGUGCGCCACGACUACGGGGUCGUUCACCAAGCUCGUCCACGCCCAUCUUGACUACUGCAUGUUGGCCAUGGCAGCCUAGCAGCGGACCCAAUCAGCUUACUCUGACAAGUACCGUCCAGACAUCAAAUCUACCCCCUGGUAACUUUAGACUAAACACACCAUGAUUAAAUGGCUCACUGCCUCGGAGCUGAACGAUCCACCUCAUAGAAUGCCUGCCUUUGUCGCUCAGCAUACUUGGACGUCAGUUAAGGUUGUU